AUAUUAUUAAAACACGCGAACGAGUCUACUUUUUAAGAGUACGUUAUGCUGAAACGGCAUAGAAAAGGUGCUGAUCGACUCUGGAAGGAGUAAAAACUUUGUUUCACAGCAGCUUCACUGGAUUGCCAUAUGCGCAGUAUAUUACUGAACAGGACUAAACAAACUUUCUUUUUGCACUCAGACUGGAUUUUAUCUUUGCAAUUUUGAGACACCGUUCAUGCUCAGAGGGACUUACAGUGUCCGGGAUUCUUUCAUGUCUUAGUUUACGCGAAAAAAAAGAGGAAAAUUUAAUCCGUGCUUUAUUGACUAGAGAAUCAUGUCUAUGCUUCCAACAUUUGGUUUUACGCAGGAGCAAGUUGCGUGCGUCUGUGAAGUUCUCCAACAAGGGGGCAACAUUGAACGUCUCGGUCGCUUUUUGUGGUCUUUACCUGCCUGCGAGCACCUCCACAAGAACGAGAGCGUCCUCAAAGCCAAGGCGGUGGUGGCUUUUCACAGGGGCAAUUUUAGAGAACUGUAUAAAAUCCUCGAGAGCCACCAGUUUUCUCCGCACAACCAUCCCAAGCUGCAGCAGCUGUGGCUCAAAGCGCACUACAUCGAAGCGGAGAAGCUGAGAGGACGCCCUCUCGGGGCUGUGGGAAAGUACCGUGUCCGCAGAAAGUUCCCCCUGCCCCGGUCGAUCUGGGACGGCGAAGAGACAAGUUAUUGCUUUAAGGAGAAGAGCCGGAGUGUUCUGAGGGAGUGGUAUACCCACAACCCGUACCCUUCCCCGCGAGAGAAGAGGGAGCUGGCCGAAGCCACGGGACUGACAACCACCCAAGUCAGCAACUGGUUCAAAAACAGACGGCAAAGGGACCGUGCAGCGGAGGCAAAGGAAAGGGAAAACAACGAGAAUUCAAACACUAACAGCCAUAACCCAUUGACUUCUUCCAUGAAUGGAAAUAAAACAAUCUUGGGGAGUUCAGACGACGACAAAACACCUUCUGGGACGCCGGAUCACACCUCGUCAAGCCCGGCUUUGCUCAUGACUUCCAACUCGGGGCUUCCGCCGCUCCACGGCCUUGCGCCCCCCCCUGGUCCCAGCGCCAUCCCUGUGCCCAGUACGGACACCGUACACCACCAUCACUCUUUGCACGACACUAUACUGAACCCUAUGUCGUCCAACCUGGUCGACCUCGGCUCUUAAACGCAGGGACUGUUUUUAAAAGACAUUAACGAGAACAUGGACGAUCGAUUGAAACAGACGCCUGAAGCGAUGUUCAAAAUGUAAACGGACAAAAUCCUUAGAGGAUAUUUUAUCGACACGGGGGAGGUGAAAUGGUAGGCGUUUAAAGGUAUUUUAUUAGAAUGUAAUAACAGGUUAUUUCGAAGAAAACAAGAACGUCUUAAUUCGUAUUAUCAUCAUCAUCGUAAUUAUUAUUUUAGAGGACAGAGUUACAACAGAUCCGUCUGAGUCGGGUAUACCCCAAGUCCUUUUCAUAUGCCGACACCCUGCAGAUCUUCAAACACGUCAUGUUUGGUUUUAUUUUUUAUGGGGUAUCAUAUUAGAUAUGUUGUUAAGGGGAGCAGUCUUUAAAAUAAAAAUAUAAUCUCUUCUUUUUAUUUGUAUCUUAUUUUGGAAAGCGACUGCAUGUAAACUUGCGAAUAAUAAAAUAUUAAAAUCGAUCCCGCCAUAGUUUCAUAUACCCUUUACAAUAAAAUUAAGUAUUGAAUACA